GGGGCUGAUGUGUGUCCUAGCUACUGCGUAGCCCCAGUCUUGCCAGCUCCAUCACUGUUCUAUUGCUGCUGGCAGGGUGGCCUCUUCUUUAGUGAUGCCAGGUCCUGGAGUUACUGGCCUUUCUCCUGGAGGCUCACUGGGUCCCCCAAGAUGGGCUGGCGCCAGAAGGCCUUGCCAUAGGCUCUGCCAGCUCCUCACCAGGUGCUGCCAGAUCCACGAUGGAGGUGGAACGGGGGCAGCUCUUCUGCUAUGGUUGGCACCUCGUCCCUAUUGGAGCUGGUGGGGCUGCUGAAUGGGGCAGAAGGUUUGUUACAGGUGCGCUUGCUACAGCUUUUCAUUGCACUGAAUAAUAUGGGAUUGUUUCUCUUAUCUCCUAUGUUCACUGGACAAUCACUGGUGCCUCGUGUUAUUUGGUUAAAUUCAGAUACCACAUAUUAAGCUGUUGUCUGUUUUAAAAAAUCAUAGAACUUGAGCUAAAGGUCAUGAUAUAACUUAAAUGUUUCAAAAAUGAAGGAGAUAACCCAUGGCUGUGUGCUUUUACUGGGUUUCAGUUUGAUUCUUUACUCUUCUGUGUGUUCUCCGUUCUCUAAUAUGUUCCUGCAUUUGUCACGGUUGGAUGGUUUGGGACAGGGUCUGCUUUUGUGAGUUUAUGUCAUAACACUUGGUACAUCUUCUGCUUUUUGGGGCCUUUGUUUUGUUAGUGAUAGCAGGAGUGCUGAUUUAUGGUCAUGGAACUAAAGUUGCAUUUCUGCACCCACCCCCAGGACCAGAGUAGGGAGAAAGCAGCAUGGGUAGGGACAGCAACGCCCACAGCCUUGUCAACAACACAGAGACAUUUUCUUCUUUGUUUUAACUGAUGUUUAUUCUGCCAGCAAGCAGCAGGCCGAGAGGUAGAUGUUGGCCUCCCAGCCCGCUGGCGCUGUGCUCUGACGGCAGUGCGGUGCCGGCCUAGCGCCGACGCCGGGGCCGCCUUUUGGGAGGUGGGGGCGAGGCCUGGGGGCUGCUGCGGGCCUUCCUCUUCGGGGGGCGCCGGGGCCCCCCACACGAGCGAUCCCUGCCCUGGGCGGAGGGGCCCGCUGCCGCCGCCUGCCAUGGCUCCUCCUGCGACUCCUCCGCUGAGGGCGCGGUGGCGGUGCUGGGGUGCCCGGGUCCCCCAGUAGAGCUGCCGGGCAGCUCCUCGGUGCUGGGCCCUGCGGGGCUGGUAGAGCAGCCUGGGCCUGAGGCAGGAGGCUCCUGAUGGGAGGUGCUGGGGCUGGCUGCGGGGCUGUCCUCCCGUCCUCCUGCAGCACGGCCUUCCUGCUGGUCGAGCUGGCGGCGGAUCACUGGGCCGUACAGGGCUGUAGCGGUGCUGAUGAGCCGCCUUACAAAGGGCAGCACAUCGCCAUUGGUGAUCGGCUGCAGCUCCCGCAUCAAGGCCUCCUCGUCCAGGCCGUGCUCGCAGAGGAAGUUGACAGUGGUCCACUGUCCCACUUCCACCUCCCACCAGUCACUGCUGGAUGCCUCCUGGAUCUCCUCCUGCAGCCAGUGGAGCAGGGGCUCGAGGUCUCCCUGAUGUUCUUUGAAGAAGGCAGCCCAGACCUCGGCAGGGAAGUUGUGCUCAGGUGGGAUGAGCACCGGCUCUGCAGGCCCCUGCUCGUCCUGCAGGCUGUCCUCAGAGUGCGCUGCGGGCUGCGGGACAGCACACUCGAGGUAAUCAUCGUCCGACCUCUCCGAGUAUCGGAUGGUGGUGAUUUGGUGCCCGCAUACGGCACAACUCGGCUUCUUGUUUGCCCACCAGAUGGCACAGCCAUAGCAAAGCUGGUGUUUGCAGGGGGUCACAUAGGCGACAUCCUCCCGAAUUUGCCCGCAGAUGGGGCAGGUCCAGUUGGAUGCCACAUCCAUGGCCCCGGGCUGUGCGGUGGGCUGGGAGAGCUGAGGUCGGGAAGCUGCUCCCCUCACAGGUACUGCAGCAGGCAGAAGGUGUUACAAACUGCAAAAGAGAGAGAGAGGCCACGGUCACUGGCUGUCCCAUGGGCAGGCAGCUGUGAUGUCCUGGUCCCUCAGCAGCAAACCCUCCCGGUCCCUGUUCCCACCAGCCACUGCAGAGGCCAUGUGCUGCACCACUCACCUCUGCUGCUACAAGUGCACCCUGUGUGGCCCCAGCUGCCUGAGGCAGGCAGGGCUGGGGAAACGCUGGUGGUACUGUGGGGUGGGCACCAAGAACUGCUGCCAGCAGCCCCACAGCACAACUCAACCAACUCGCUCACUGCUCCGAGUCUCGCAGCUAUGCUCAACGGGAGUCCAGGCACGAGUGCACGCUGGCCUCUGCCAGAGCCCAAAUCUGUACAGCGAGGGCUAGCGAGGUCACAGUCAUCUGCAUUGCUGACAUCACAACCCCUUGGUCGGUGACCUCACUGUCCAUUGCUGCAUGUAUUGGGGCCCCAGGCUGGGCCUCCAUCACCCUACGUCAUUCUGUGAUUGUUCUUUGUAAUGGAGAUAUACUUGGGGAAAUAAAAAUUGCACAUAUUUCUACUGCAUGCGUAACCUGUAACCAGCUGGUCAUUAGUUGAUGCCACACGAUGCCUUGACAAAGCUAGACAGGUUCAUUAUGCAGCAAUGGAUGCCAGUGCGGCUGACCUGAGGACCAGCUCCUCACAGUCGCUGUCUGCACGCGCCGUGUGGAUGAUGGACUGCACACCCUGUUUGCACUGCAGACACUGGGGGCUGCUGCUAGUCCGUGACUGGAUGCAGUAGAAACAAAGCUGGUGGCAGCAUGGCAUGGUGUACGCCACGCUGUCUCUGUUCUCCAGGCUUAUGGGGCAGCGGGUGUCUAAUGCCACCUCCAUGCUUCCACCAGUUCUGGUGAGCACUGGGGAGCAGGAGAUGACAGUGUGCUCCCCAGCUGAGAUGCUGUGACAGCAGGUGUCACGCUGGAAGAUGACAGGAAACCCCACGGGCAUAGGCCGGCGUGGGGAGGGUCCCUCAAGAAGCACCCCCAGCUGCCAACGUGAGGCAUUGCCACGCUGCCUACCUGCGCUGCUGCACGCGCCUCUCCGCGAUGUCCCGGCUGCCUGCUGCCAGCAGGGUCGGGGUACAGCACAAGUGGCUCUGAGACGGCGGCUGAGAGCUGCGCUAGCAGCACCCAGAGCGUGUUCCAGCUCCAAAGCUCGCCCUGUCCACACUCCAGUCCUCGCACACACGCUCGGUUGGAGGCCAGGCACGAACUGCCGGGCUGGGCUGCUGCGCCCGCGUUAAAGCAGCGUGAGCCAAGCAGUCACAAUCCAUCGCACGCAGAUGUCACAAACCAUGGCUUGGCCGUGUUGCCGCUCCUCACCUUCACUGGGGACAUCACCAUCUGUCCCACAGCGAUGCCGCCAUCCAUUGCUUGGUCAUCACCAUGAGCCGGCCUCACCUGCUGCACGUGUGCCAGCAGCACUCCAGCCCCAGCACAUGUUCCUGGGCUUUCCCCAACACUGCUGCCCGCUCCAUUCCCCCCCACCUCUCGUGUGCUCUCCAUCAGUGUUUCACACCAAUCACCGGUGCCUGGGCCGUAUCUUCCCACACUCCCCAUCAGGUGGCUCUGGCCAUGGCAUGCAGCCCCAGACUCGUACAGCAGGAUGGUUUAUUAUUCAAUAAAAGCUCAUGCUUCCCUCUGCCUCUUGCAUUAGAUGAUCUUGGAGAUGUUUUCCAACCUGAAUGAUUCUGUGAUUCUAUGUUACCGCCAUCCAUCAUCGCUGUUGAGUGAACCUUUCACUUCAGAGGAACAUAAGGUCAUGCCGCUGUCCCCAACGUUGACAGCAUUCUUUCAUUGAAGCAUUUAUUUUUUUCCAUUCAAUCUAAAGCUUGCAGUGGUCUGGUCUUCUGCAAAGCCAGCCACUGCAGAAACAGCAUAGGGCUGCUAAAUAGCUUGGGCAGGGUAGCAAAAGGGGACCCCAUUUGACUGACCCCAUGGGAUUGUUUCUCGUUUCUCCUAUGUUCACUGAAUGGUCACUGGUGCCUCAUGGUAUUUGGAGUUUUCCAUUGGUCAGUUUUUAAAUACUGAAAUUCAGUUUCCUCGUAUUAAGCUGUUCUCCGUUAUAAAAAAAUCGCAGAAUUGAGUAACUUCAAAGUUUGAAAAAUUAAGGAGACGAGUCAGAGUUGAUUGUAGGUCCAGGCUCCAGGGAAUCUAGAAGGAUCACCCCCUUCUAUAUGGGAAUUGCUAAGUCACGGCCCAAACCAAUGAUUGAGCACCUGCUGAAGGGACACAGCCAGCCCUGGGAGCACAGGUGGAAGCAAUUCAUCUGUGCACCCAGAAGGGGUUCCACCCCUCCCUAAGCCUCAUUUAAAGGCUGGCUGGCCCUGGGGGUGGUUCUUUUUGUGGUGGUCUGUCUUUGUGGUGUGUGUUUUUUCUUUAUGCAGUUAAGAGGGGACGUUACUUACAGAGCAGCCCUCGUGCUUCGCUUCAGCAAAAGGAUUAUGCAUGCCUGGGUAACUGUUGCUCUCCGUCCUAGAGUGAGCGUAGUAAAAAUCACUGCCCUGUGGAGACAGGUCAGUAGACUUACAUGUGAAAGUGGCUACAAGUACUUUAUCUUGUAUUCUGCUCAACUGUUUGUAAAUCUUUGAUGAUACGAGCUCUCCUUGCUCAGACUUCCUUGUAUCUGCUCUGUGAUCCUGCUUUUGCUGUCUUGUCACUGAAACAACAUUCUUCCAAUGGAUAGGCUGGGGUAAUUCAUGCUGUGUUUUGCACUGGUUCUUGGCACAAACCUUCUUGAGAAUAGGGAGUGAGGGAGGAGUGGGAAUUGUGACUGUUUUUUCCCCUCAGCAGCAGUUUUCUGUUACUUGAGCUCGGAUGUAAAUUUGGCUCACUGAGUGAUGGAUCCUGGGGUGCCCCCGUAGACCUGUUUAUAUUUUUGUCUCCAAAUAUCAUCAGUUACAAGGUACCAACGUUGCCCAAUGGCAUCCAGUGGGCGCUCUGAGUCAAUUUUGGAGGGUGGAAAAAAAAAAGUACAAGGCUGCCCACCUUUAUGGUGAUCAGGAGCUUGUGAAGAGGUCAGAAGGUUCUGCUUCCCUGCUCUAAGGUGUGGGGAUGUCAGGAUAAAGUGAAAGUGGGUAGGGCACCUGAGCUUCUGAGGACAGGACAAGGUUAAAAAGUAGAAUACGAGCUCUGUUAAAAUUAGAGGUUUUAAUUCCUCAGAAAAGCUUCUGUGAUUCGGUUAUUCUGAGUGGGAAAUGUUUUUCUUAAGGUCUGAGUGUGUUGGGGUGGAGAUCACAGAUGAGGGAGGCACUGCGUUAUUUCAAAUCACUGACUCUCAUCAGUGCACUGUGCCGACGGCUUGCUGGUAUGUGUCCCUUGAUUUCCAAGUAAUUUGCUGUAUGCAAUACUUGACUGUCUUGCUCCGUUAUGCUCUUUCCUCAUUCAAACACCAAGAGGAUGUUUGAAACUCCUUGAAGAAGGUACAGUUAAUCUGGAGUGCUGGUGUAAACCCCGUUGCCUCUCAACAGAGUCCAUGAAGAAAGAAACGCCUUACCUAGCACGCUGCGCAGUGAGAGAGGACAUGAGGUGGGAUAAUGCCACAAGAUCUUCUUG